AUGGGUCCAAUUCCAACGUUCCCCAACAAACUUACCGAACUUUACCUUUCUCGUAAUUACUUGAAGGGUUCAAUUACAGAAUCUUUAUCUCUGGGAAAAUUAAGAUUAUUGCAAAUAUUAGAUCUAUCACUCAAUGAGUUAUCCGGUCCCAUUCCGACAUUACCCAAUAAACUUACCGAACUAUACCUUUCGGGUAAUCACUUGAACGGUUCAAUUCCAGAAUCUUUGGGAAAACUAAGAUUAUUGCAAGUACUAGAUCUAUCAGGUAACGAGUUAACAGGUCCCAUUCCGACAUUUGCCGCGAAACUUAUCGAACUAUACCUUUAUGAUAAUUUCUUGAAAGGUUCAAUUCCAGAAUCUUGUGGAAGAUUAGCUGCUUUAACAACUUUCUCUCUAAAACACAAUGAGUUAAAUGGGACUACUCCGGUCUCAAUUGGGCACCUCUCUAGACUCCAGUCUCUUGAUGUCUCUCAGAAUCAAUUAAGUGGGACUAUUCCGGUUUCGUUUGGGCAACUAUCUAAACUCCAGUCUCUUGUUGUCUCUCGGAAUCAACUAAGUGGGAUUAUUCCGGUUUCAAUUGGGCAACUCUCUAAACUCCAGUCUCUUGAUGUCUCUCGGAAUCAGUUAAGUGGGACUAUUCCGGUUACAAUUGGGCAACUCUCUGAACUCAGUUCUCUUGAUAUCUCUUAUAAUUCUUUGGAGGGAGUAGUUUCUGAAUCCCAUUUUGCUAAGCUUUCGAUGUUGAAGUAUUUGGAUGCAACUUAUAACAGUAAGUUGACAUUCAAUGUUUCAAGUGACGGGCUGCCUCCAUUCCAAUUAAUAAGAAUGGAUCUCAGUUCUUGCAAGAUUAAAAAUGGAUUUCCGCAGUGGCUUCGAAAUCAGAGAAAACUUAAUAUAUUAGACGUGUCUAAUGCAACUAUUUCAGGACCUUUGGCAACAUGGUUGAGGAAGAUGCCCAUCAUCCCUUUCAUAAAUCUUUCCCACAACAACCUCAGCGGACCUUUGACCAACCUUCCAAGCGGGGGUACUGAUAAUACCAACUAUUAUCGGAAAUUUGGAGCUUACCAAAAUUAUAAUGAUAUUCGGGUCUUAUCUCUGCAAAGUAACCUUUUCAAAGACUCGAUUCCCAGGUUAAGUGGCGUCAUUCCAAGUUUUAUAGGGAACCUUUCACAGUUAGAAUGGUUAAGCUUGAAUGAUAAUAAGUUUAGUGGUGAGCUUCAUGCAGAGUUCUGGAAUUUAAGUUGGUUAACUGUCUUAGAUUUGGGUGAUAAUGCACUAUGUGGAGAAAUACCAGAAUCGUUUGGAGAAACAAAUCAAUCAUUGCAGAGGAGGGGAUCAUUCAGGUAA